AAGCAGAGUUACAGUUAACAUUUGCAGCAGAAGCAGAUUCAUUUUUGUUUUGUACUUUUAAUCUUGUGUUUUUGAGUUGUCCUCGUCCUGUAUUGAAAUUAUUUGUUAUCAAAAGCUUAAAAUGGUUAUAAUUGAAGAAAUCGAAAUCAACAAUUGCUAUGCAAUUGAAAAGCUAUUUUUACGCUUUAAGCAAAAACAUUUUGCCACAGUAUUUAACUGUCCACUUUCACAUAAAUUAAAAGAUAAAUUAUUAUCUGCCAUUCAACCGUUCUUACUUCAGGAAUUCGCUAAAAACCCUUUGGAAUGUAAUGCUGGUGUUUUCAGAAAGCAUUCAAAUGUUCGAAUUAAGUUUAUAAUUCCCAAGGGAAAGUUUAAAGAAAAUAUUUAUGUAGAUGCUAGUAGAAUAGCUCAAAAACCCGAUCAUGUUUAUUAUUAUUUCAACGACGAACAAUACAUAGAUCAUAUAAAGGUUUUCCAUGAACGAUGUCGAAUCGAUGUAACAUCGCUAUUUCCAUGUUUAAAUCACGUUUUUGCAAAUGAGAAGAGAAAUUUGAUGAGUAUUUGGAUUGAAAAUGAGUGUUCUUCAUUAAGAUACGAUCGUGAAAAAUCAUAUGAACUAGUAGCCAAUUAUUUGCUUGUAUCACAUAUUCGUCCUGCAACCGAAGUACAAAAUAUUGGGAAAAUCAGAAAUUCAAUUUUAACUAUAAAUAGACACACUGAUAUUCUGGGAAGACAGACUUUCAUUGAAGUAGCAAAUAAAAUUGGCCAAAUUUUUAAUUAUAUUACUUUUGGGAAGUAUGCUGUUCAAUUUCAUAUUCCUUUGAUUGGACAACAUAUUAGAAUGGAGGAAGUUAAUUGGGGAGAUAUGGAUUUUUCAAGUGCCGAAACAUUCAUCGAGAACAUAGAUGGAAAGACUUCAGUGCUUUGGAAUACAAUGGACGCAGGAUUAAAAUAUCUUUUGAAGAUUGCUCAGUUGAUAGCUCUAGCAAAAAAUCUCGGACAACAUUGUAUUAUAAUUGAUGACACCACUUUACUUAAAAAUUAUCAAAAUCAAGAGAUGAUCAAAGAAGCAAUUAUAGAAGAUGACAAUACUAAUAAUGGAGAGAACUGGAAAAACAAAAACUUUUUAAAUCGAAUCGUAAAUGUAUGCAAUGACAUGCAAAUAAUGAUUUUAAUGAAUUAUAAUGGUGGCCUACCAUUGCCACUUGAAAAUGCAAAUAUUUUAAGAUGUACUGACAUGAGCAAAUUUCCUGAACAACAACCAAUUUAUGUGUCAGAACUAUCACAACAAAUGAGUUUAGAAGAUUUUAUCCAUAUAAUAAAACCAGCGACUCGAAUGGAAACAGCUUGAAGUAUUUCAAAUUACAAAUAAUUGUAGUUGUAUUCAGCCUUGGGAUAAAAAAUAGAGCUUCAAAAACA